GCGAUCUCGGACUGUGGUUUGCAAGUGCGCAGGCGCGCGCGCCCUUCCGCGCAUGAGCAGUGCUGCUCAGAGCCCGCCAGCCACGGUCUCGGGCGCCAGCUACGCCGCUGCCGCUGUCACUAUGGCCCAUUACAAAGCCGCCGACUCGAAGCGCGAGCAGUUCCGGAGGUACUUGGAGAAGUCGGGGGUGCUGGACACGCUGACCAAGGUAUUGGUAGCCUUAUAUGAAGAACCAGAGAAACCUAAUAGUGCUUUGGAUUUUUUAAAGCAUCACUUAGGAGCUGCUACCCCAGAAAAUCCAGAAAUAGAGCUGCUUCGCCUAGAAUUGGCAGAAAUGAAAGAGAAAUAUGAAGCUAUUGUAGAAGAAAAUAAAAAACUGAAAACAAAGCUUGCUCAGUAUGAACCACCUCAGGAGGAGAAGCGUGCUGAAUAGGAUUCUUCUCAGUUGAAAAGACACUGAAAAAAUGGUUUUGUAUGACUUGAAUAGUUUGUAUAGUAUAUAAUCUUUUCUGAACAGAUGCUCUAGAACUCUUUUAAUAUGUUGAAUUCACCUCUCACACUUUAACUGUUAUAAACACAUAUACUUAGAAUCACCAAUAAAAACUCAAUAUAACUUUCUUUGGGUCUUAAAAGCAGGAGAAUCCAAAGUGAAUCCUGGAAAAAAAAAAAUCUAAACACAGCCAUCUAACUCAUUACUUUAAAAGACAUUCUGUUUAUUAAUCUGACUAGGAAUGAUGGUACUGGUUGUAUUUUAGCCAAGGAAGUUCAGCAUGGAGCUGUUCCUUGGUUUAGUGCAGGAUAUGAACACAGGUAUAGUCAUUCUUUAAAAUGAAGAUGACACUGUUGUUUAUAUCCUCUGUAGGCAGCUGGAGAGAUCUGUGUGACAGAAGAUGCUUUUGCACAGGUUCCCAUGAAUCUUCUGCUCUUGUUUAUAUAAUGUGGAACAAAUGACUUCUUUGCCACCACUUUGCCUUAGAUAACCAUGUGUGUGCCAGUCUGAACUCUGACACCACGUUUCCUUCUAUGCAAUCAUGCCCUAUCUGAUGAUGUUGCCUUGCUUUGCUCUGUGCUUCAGUGGGUCCUAGCUGCACCUGGCCUGUGUUGUUUUUCAAUUUACUAUACUAGUAGUUACCCUGAUUGUAAUUUAUAUAAUUUCAAACAGGAUCACACUGUUCCCCUGCCUUACUUAGUUGCUUAGUUGAGCAGAGAACUGAGGCAAUAUAAAAUUCUGGGUUCACGCACAAGCUGGGAUAAGAUGGGGAAUGAGCCAUAUAUCGUGGAAAAUUAUAGUCUGCGGGUAUAAUUAUAUAGUGUUUUUUUCCCUCAAAGUAUUUUUCUAGCCUUGAAUUCAUUUUAUCUUCAUUAUCCCUGUGAAGUAGGUAGGGCAAGUAUGAGGCAAGGUCGGGUGCUGAAUUUUUAGGCCAAAGACUGAUAUUAAUACAAAUUAUUUACUAACUGUAGAACCUUGGGCACUUCAGUUAACUGCUCUGAGAUUCACUUUCCUCAUCUGUUAAAUGAGAAGAAUAAGAUCAGUGCUGCCUACCUCACAGGGUUGUUGUGAGGGUCAAAUGGAAUGUAUGUGAAAGAUCUGUAAAUGGUAAAGCACUAUGUUCUUGUUUGUUAGUCCUUUUCCUUUCUUUUGGAAGACCUACAGUCAGAUGUUUCAUUUUGUUGGUCACUUAUUUUCCUUACUGACUGACUUGACAUUAUUAAGAGUCAUCCUAUUUCGUGUAUUCUAACCCUAUUGUUAGAGAACCUGUCUUUACUCUUCGGUCAAAACACAGGUAGAAAACAGAAUGCUCCAUUGAAAGCUGAUUUAACUAGCAAAAACCUUAGCACUUGCUGGAAACUGUGACCAAGCUAACUGUAAGGGCAUUUUAAUCAGUCAUGUUGGCAAGAAUGUGGCAAUGGUCUGUGUCUCUUCUAGUCACAAGUUUGUUUUUGGAGGGGGGCCAGAUACUGUUGGAAGAACAUUCACUUGAAUCAGUUUAUCUUUUACCAAUUUGAGUGCCUCCUACAUGCUCAGCAGUAGGCUGAGUGCUGGGUGUUACAGAGAUGAAUGACUUGAAGUUAGUUAUAAGACAUGUACAUAAGCAAUUACAAUGUGGGUAAUAAGUGCUAAGAACCAUAAGAACAAUAAAACUUGGCCCCAUGGGGAUUCUGAAAGAGAGGGAGACUUGGCUUCUUUAAGCAGUUGGUAUGACAGUCCCUUUGUGGAAUACAGACAAGUAGAAUUUUUUUCUGGCAGCCAACCCUCAUUUGCUUUUCUACUAUGGGACUACUAUUAGCGUUUAUGUAAGUCAGGUUACUGUCUCUUGUACCAUCCUUUUGGACAGAAUGGCAACUAGUGGGUUGGAUAAUCACACUUUUAAGAGGGAACUGACCUGUUUAAACUGCUGUACCAGUCAGUGCUAUUCAAGAGUUCAGAGUCCGCCUGGCCUCUGGAGGUCCUCUUCAUCAUUUCUAUCAAGGAUAUGGAUGAAGAGAAUGUACAAGAAGAUGCUCAAUGGAGUAGAAAAAGGAUGUCAUCCAUUCAGUUCCUACUACGCUUCAGCUGCCUUAUCUAUAAAAUGUAGAUUUCAUAUCUUGCCUACCUCACAGGGUUGUUGUAAGGAUCAAAUUAAAUAUAAUGGAUGAAAA